AAAAUUAUUGAUGUAUUUUUUGUUCUAAUCGACCAAAUAAUGUAUUAGCCACUUAUUAUAACGGUUUUUGUACCAAAAAUUCCAAUUUCCCAUUUUAAAAUUGUGUUUAUGUGGGUUAACUUUUCCUGACUGGCCCAGUAAUGCUCAGUUUACCUUACUACUACCAAAUUUUCACUCGCUUUCGUCGUUGCAUUAGUUGUUGCCAUGGUAACUUACUUACUCACAACUCGACUCUUAAACGUCAAACGUCAAACGUAGCACGUUUUUUCUUAGCAUUAAAACUUCACAUAUCACAAUAAAAUUCACAGUUUAAAACAAAAAAUUAUAAUUGAGUGCAAGAAGGAUGAGUCAAUCAAAAUCAACUAUUCCUCUUUUAAUGCGACUCAAGGAAAUUGACGAGAAAUAUAAGUUGAAAAAAUACCAGGAAGAAAGACCCUCUAGUGCAAGUACUGGAAGUUUUACUGACGACUUUAGGAAUAAUGUAAAAAAUCAUUCCAUUUCCGGAUCUGGUGAUACGAGAGAAAAUCAAAAACAGAAGAUUCUUAUUAAAAUGCCCGAUACUCAAAUGGAGCCAAAUAUAAGAAUGAAAUCCCCGAAUGGAGAUCUUGAAUCAUCUACUGUGGUUGUCACAAUUGUUGAUAAGUCUGCUACAAAUUCAAACAGGACUGAUACUUAUUUGACUUCUAAAAUAACGAUAGAUACAAGAUCUGGGAAUGGAGAAAUGGGACCAGGAGGGGAAGGAAAUAUAAUUACUAACGUUGAUGUGAGUCUUCAAGAACUGGAAUCAGAUAAAUCUGCUUCUUUAUCUUCGAUCAGUGAAGCUAUUGAUUCGGAAAUUAAAACUUUAGAAGAGUCUCAUGACGAUGCUAAAGAUUCCAAUGGUAAUGCAGUCAAUUUGGAAAUUACUUCUAAAAAAACAGAUUUUUCACAAAAUUUUCGUCGGGCAGACCUUCCAGUUUAUGAUGAUGUUUAUAGAUAUUCUGAUGACACCUUUGAGGAUGUUUCUAGUUAUUCAGAGUCUGUGGCUACGUUGAAGUUUGAGAUACGGAAUCCCUUGAAAGUUGUCUCCCCUGACACCAAUUCCGAUGCGAUUCUAUCAUCUCCAAAAUUUCAAAAAAAUAAAUCAUCUUCCACCCCAACUGGAAAAUAUUCAAACAUAAGUGAAAAAUGUAUUGAGCAUGCGUCACUAAAAGAAGUGAAACCACUUAGUGAAUUUGAAUCAAGUCACAGCAAUGAAUUAUCUAGAUGUGUAAAAAUAACUCGAAAAUUAGAAAUUGCUAAUUCCGAUGAUUUCACGCAGUAUUCUCUAAAAUAUGCCACAACAUCAAAAUCGAGGGAGGAACAAACUUGUAUAGCUGAUGAAAAUAAAACAAGUAGUAAACUCAAAAGAUCUAAUAGGAUUUUAGAAGUUGAGCAAUCAAUUAAUAGUGUUUCUUACGAGACAGAUAAUGAAGGAAAUAGCAAAAUUAUUGAGCACUCAGUCAAAAAUAAUUAUGUACAAAAUAAGAUAAAUCAUGAGUCAGAAUUAAUUCAGUUGUAUGUGAAUAAAAGUUCCGGUGAGAAAGAUUUUGAAAAUUCUGAAAGUGUAUCUUCUAUUGCAAUUCAGAAUGAAAAGAGAAAAGAUAAAUCAACAGGAAAAACUUUAAAGAAUUUAUCAAAGGUUUCAGGUGAAAUUCAAAAAGAAUCUCGGCGAGAAAGAAAAUCUCAAAAUUCGAUGUCUAGAGAUUCUUCAUAUAAAGUGGAUGACUUGAAAAUGCAUGAAUUUCACGAAAAAUUGGGUAGAAAAUCAAUUUCUAAAGCAGGACCGAGAACAAAUUUAUCUGAAAAUGUGGAUUUAACUCCUAUACGCAUUAAAGAGGAAUUUCAACCUAGUCAUGAUUCCAAUAAUAAAACUGAAUGCAAAAGUGGUUCGAAAAAACGUUCGACAACUAUAAAAUUCCGAAAAAUCCCUAGUAAAAUUCCAGAACAAUUUCAGGUGAAAAAAAAUAAUGUCCGCACUUCCUGUAGAUGUUCUUUUAUACUGGAAGAAGAAAAACAACAAUUUUAUCAAACCAAGCAACAAGCAACAAAGCCGAUUAUUUUCAAGCCCCUCGACUUUCCAAAUAUCUCUGGAUUCAUGCAAACUGAUGUGCUCGUUGGUGAAGACGUGCAAGCCAACAACUUAGUCUUACGUCAACGGUUAUUUGAAAUCCGAAGUUGGCUCAAGGAUCAAUUUAACCUUUAUCGUAAUUACUGCAAAGUUGUAUCCGCUAUUAACCAGGAGUACGUUCCUUCUUCUCUCUUAGACGUGAAAAAGCAGGCUGAACUGCAAUAUCUCUGGACGAGACUGAACUGCCAAGACUAGGGUGGUCUAAGAAUUCGACUUUCUAGUUCGUUUUCCCGAAAAAAAUCCCGAAUCUUU